UUCAUCAAUUUACCAUAUUCUCUCAAUAUAACGUUAUUACAUAUCGUACGUUGUUAGUCUCCCAUUUCUUAAAUUAUUGUUCAAGUAAAGCAAUGUCGUGUGUUUUUUCAAACAGUCACUUUUGUUAUUGCAAACAUUAGUGUUAAGAAUUCAUGUAAGAUUGAAUCAAUUCUGCAAAAGAGAGGGACAAAUUGCUGAGCCAAGCUCCUCAUGAACACUGAACUGAAACACAAGGAGUGAUUUUCUAAAAAUAGAAGUUAUUUUACCUUUAUUAAAUUACCAAAGAGAUUUACUUUGAGAUAUAAUAAAACUGUGAUUCUACGUUAUUCAUUUAUUACGUUCCUGCUUCGUGUAUCGGAUCUGUUUAUAAACACUCUAUUAAAAAUGGUUUUCACAUGUAAUGGAAACUGAUAUAUUGGUGAAAUGGUCAAAAAAUGGUUGUCAUGUUUUACAAAAUGAAAAUCAACGAAAAUAUCUGUCAGUAAAUGGUUGUGUUAGUGAACUAAAUUCAGCUUCCAACACUGAAGCGAUUCAUGGUAAGCUCAUUCGUUCUAUUAGUAGCGAUGAAGAAAUGAUUGAUAUCACUGCAGGCGGAGAAAGCAUGGAUAACCUUUUCGAACACUCGCAUGCGUCGCACAUCCCUUCACUCUCUCAAGAAAAAGAAAUUGAUGACUUGCCACCUGGUAUUGGUCAAUAUGACGAUUUUCACACCAUUGAUUGGCAACGAGACAUCGCUAGAGAUCGAAUGAGGCAUCGAUACAUAGUGAAAAAGAGAGGAAACUCCAUAUGUGAUUUGAUUCGGGGAGUUCAUGAUGCAUGGUCCGGAUGGCUUUGUGUUCUAUUGGUUGGACUGGCCGCUGGCGGCGUCUCUGCCGUCAUUGAUAUUGGCUGCAGUUGGAUGAAAGACCUGAAGGAUGGUAUCUGUCCGCAAGCUUUCUGGCUGAAUCGAGAACAGUGUUGCUGGUCCUCUUAUGACACCUUCUAUGAAGGUGACAAAUGUCCACAGUGGCAUACCUGGGCAGAAGAAUUUGGUUUGAAGGCAGCCGAAUCUGGUGACUCUAGCAUAAAUGCAGGGUCAUAUAUUGUAGAAUACAUCAUGUAUAUUUUGUGGAGCCUUCUCUUUGCGUCACUUGCGGCAUUGCUAGUUAAAACAUUUGCACCGUACGCUUGUGGAUCUGGGAUACCUGAAAUUAAAACCAUUUUGAGCGGAUUCAUCAUACGUGGCUACUUGGGAAAGUGGACUUUAACGAUUAAAUCGGUUUGCAUGAUGUUAGCCGUUUCUGCUGGUCUGAGCCUGGGUAAAGAAGGUCCGUUAGUACAUGUUGCUUGCUGCAUUGGGAACAUUUUUUCAUACCUUUUCCCUAAGUAUGGGAAAAAUGAAGCGAAAAAGAGGGAGAUUCUGUCUGCUGCAUCAGCUGCUGGUGUCUCUGUUGCUUUUGGCGCCCCGAUUGGCGGGGUUCUGUUCAGUCUUGAAGAAGUUAGCUACUACUUUCCUCUGAAAACUUUGUGGCGCUCAUUUUUCUGUGCCCUUGUUGCAGCUUUUGUCUUAAGGUCAAUCAAUCCUUUUGGAAACGAUCAUCUGGUGAUGUUUUAUGUCCAAAAAACAAGGCCAUGGAUCUUUAUUGAACUUGUUCCUUUCGUCAUUUUAGGUAUUUUAGGAGGCGUUGUAGGUUCAAUAUUUAUCAAAGCAAAUAUAAAAUGGUGCAAGUAUCGCAAGGAAUCGAAACUCGGCCAGUAUCCCAUAUCGGAAGUUUUGCUUAUCACGCUCAUCACUGCAGUGUUAAAUUUUCCCAAUGAGUACACGCGAAUGAACUCAAGUGACCUGAUUAAGUUGUUAUUUAGUCAGUGUGGCAUUGCUAAUGUUUCUCCUUUGUGUGAUUACAAUCGUAACUUUACCCAGGUCAACAGUCCUGUCGAAAUGGCCGAGGCACAAUCUGGUGUUUAUAAAUCUGUUGCUCUGUUGUGUUUAGCUCUAGUUUUCAAGCUUGUCAUCACAGUCUUCACAUUUGGGAUUAAAGUACCUGCCGGCCUCUUUAUACCAAGCAUGGCGAUGGGUGCAAUAAUGGGAAGAAUGGUUGGCAUCGGCAUGGAACAAAUAGCUAUGUCAUACAGCGACUGGAAGCUGUUAGAAAAAGCCUGUCCUGAAGGUGAGAGCUGCAUGUCUCCUGGACUGUAUGCUAUGGUUGGUGCUGCAGCAUGUUUAGCUGGUGUUACGAGAAUGACAGUGUCUUUGGUAGUCAUUAUGUUUGAGCUUACUGGAAGCGUCAACUAUAUCGUACCACUCAUGGCGGCUGUGAUGGCAAGCAAAUGGGUCGGAGAUGCUCUCGGCAAAGAAGGGAUCUAUGAUGCUCACAUUCAUCUGAAUGGUUAUCCAUUUUUGGACAGCAAAGAGGAGUUUAGUCAUACGACUCUAGCUGCAGACGUAAUGAAGCCAAAGAGAAACGAAGGUCCUUUAUGUGUGAUAACACAAGAUAGUAUGACAGUGGAAAAUAUCGAGACCAUCUUGAAUACAACCGAUCAUAACGGAUUCCCGGUUGUCGUGUCCACGGAAUCCCAGUAUUUAGUGGGAUUUGUAUUGAGGCGAGAUUUGAGUUUAGCCAUUGCAAAUGCCAAAAGGACUCAAGACGGUGUUGUCUCAAAUUCAAAAGUUGUUUUCACAAGUCAUGUACCUACUCCUUACGUAGGGCCACCGCCAGUAAAGCUUCGUAAAAUCCUCGACUUGGCUCCUAUUACGAUUACGGAUCAGACCCCCAUGGAGACGGUCGUUGAUAUGUUUCGUAAGCUUGGCUUGAGACAAACAUUAGUCAUUCACAAUGAACGUCUUCUUGGAAUCAUUACUAAAAAGGAUGUGCUUAGGCACAUUAAACAGCUGACUAAUCAAGAUCCUGAAUCUGUGUUGUUCAACUAAAGCAUUUUUUCUUCUGGGUACUCUUUUCAUGGUAUUAAAGUUCUAUUAAAAAUCACAUGCAUGUGGCAAGUUUUUCAUUUCUGAGGUAUCACACUGGCAGAACAAUGAAAUAAAUAUUUCUUGUGAUUACGAACCUUUGUAAGAUUGCAAGAGCUGUAGUCAUUUUUCUGAACGAGGAUUUAUUAAAAUAACUACAUAUAUACAAAAACAAAUCUGCUCAAAAUGAAUCCUAAGAAAGUGGCUUGACUCCUAUAUUGAAGACAGACUAGUCAAAUUUUAGUGUGUGGGAGCAUAUAGUUAUGUUAUUAUGCUGUGGAAGCAAUUGAAUGUAAUUUAUUAUUUCUGCUAUUUUUGUGAGUAGCUAGUUGCAAAAUGUUUCAAGUUAUUGCUAUCUCUGGUGUCGAACUGUUAAAAUACAAUACACUUAUUUUGCAUGUGCAUAAAUGCUAAGCCUGCAUAUUGAGCAAACAGCUUUGUCAUCAAAAAAGAUUAAAGCAGCUAUUCCUUAUUGAUUUGAAUGGUCUAAAUACGUGAAUUACUCUUGUCAAUUUACACCUACAAUUGAACCUUGCUGAACCAAACUCGAUUGUCUUCAAAUUGAUUUUUUUUUAACCGUACGACUAACCAUCUUAUCCAAAAAACAAUAAGAUGUAAACUGCAGAUGUAGUUUGCUAUAAUUCAUUUGUUUUGCCUUUUCCUAUUGUUCUAAUUUUCUUUAAGAGCAAUUAAGUUGAAUAAUAAAAGAAGUAAAGAGAUGUAAGUGAGCAUUUUCAAAUUUUGAGUAAAACAUGUUGAAAGUUGCUGUCUUAGGUGGGCUUUCAUUGGAAAAAUUUCUAAAUCAUGCUUUAUUUCAGCAUUUGAUUGGGUUACUAGAUGGAAGGGGAGGUUCACCUACCAUUUGUACUGGUUAUCUCAAAAUUUUGAAUUUUGGCACUUUCAUCCCUUUGCUUCUCACUGCCUUGUAUCUAAAAUGAGGUGUUUUGUUUCAAAACCAGCUAGAGUUGUUUUUUAAGAUUUUGCAGGAGGAACGGAAAGUAUUUCACUUAUUUCACACUAAAUUUCUUCAAAAAAAAAUAAUUUCCAUAUAAAUUAUCUUAAGUGUGCAAAAUCUUUUUUGUUUUUAAUUUAGAAAUUUUGUCUAAUUACUUACAGAUAAAAAUAAUUUCAAUUAAGCUACUUUUAAAAUAAAUCAGCCUUCCCCCCCCCCCCUUUUCUUUCAAAUUCCAAUGAAAUUCAUGUAUCUCAAUUUUAUGCCUUGCAUCAGCAUGCAAAACUGUUAAAAAGGUAGGACACAUUUUAAAACGGAAAAUUUCAUUUUCAUGCCCAGACUUAGUACCUUAUCCUAGUUCUAAAGUAGUAGUAAUCCUAUGUACCAAAUUUUACUCCUAAAAUUUUGACUUGCGUUGAACCUUUUCUUACCCAAACUCAUUGCAAUCACAUUACAAUUGAUGUGAAUGGAAAAAAAUAAAACUUUUCUUCAGUUUUAACAUUAAAAUACAAAGCUUCCAAAAAGUCCUCGACACAUUCUAAAAUUUAUUUAAAAAAAGAACAUUGUUGUAUGAAAAUAUGUCUUAUGCUAUAAUGCAUCACAGUUUGAAGAACAUUUUUUUAAUCAUAAAAAAAAAAGAAAUCGGUUAUUUACGUUGAUGGCUGCAUCGUUGCAGUAAGAAAAAGAAACGUAGAACGUAAUGUUUUCGUAUAGCAACAAUGCAGUUGUCAAUGUAAAUUAGUUUUAAAAAAUUUUCUUUCUUUUUUUUAUGAUGUCAUAAAAAAUUCUUGAACCUGUGAAGUUUUAUAUCACAAACCGCUUAUUCAUAUGACAAUAUGUUGCUUUUCUAUGAAAUUUUAAAUAUGUGUUGAGGACUUUUCGGGCACCCUAGUUCUGAUUUAAUGGAUCUUUUUUUGUAACCUCGUGUGUUUUUCAAAAAUGGCACCUAGAUGUUUCCUUUUGAUGCUUAGAAAACAUUUUCUUGACGUCUAAAUUUGAGUUAUUAUUUUUAGCACUGCUGUAAAAUUAAAAAUUUUGAGUCUGAGUUUAUUAAAUAUCUUUUUAUAAUGUUGGUGAUGUUGCAGGUACAUUUUUACACUGUUCAUAUAAGCACAGAUUGAACUGGUAUUGAAGUAAAAACAGUUUUUUGCCGUGGUUUUCUAAUGGAUUGAGAGAAAUUCAUUCAAAUCGCUCUGUAGUUUGAUAAUUUCAAAUCACUAAAGAUUUUUUUUUUUUUUUGUAAAUUCAAGGAUUGCGCUGAUUUUGAUAUUAAAUGACUCAAAUGAGAAAAUGUAAUACUGUCUUGCUGAGGACAAAAAUUGUAUCUGCUCUUAAUAUCAAAAUUGAGUUAUCACCAGUUGGUUCUUUGUUUAAUAUUUUACCUUCUUUCAAUGUUUUAUGGUCUUUUGUCAAUAGGAAAUAUUUGUUUAAACAUUCUGAAAAGUUACACCUGUAUCAAAUACAGGCGUCCCUCGUAUAACACAGUACUUGUACAACACGGUUUCGACAUUACAUUGUACGAAACUUAAUUUAAUACUUCAUGGUUUUGGUAUAACACGAGUGUUAUCUUUAAAAAAGAAGGAAUUUCAUUUUUAUUUAAUAUAUUCUGUUAAUGUUUGGUAAUAACUAUAACAAGUUUUUUCAUUGUUUUUAUGAAACUUGGUUUUGAUAUAACAUGGUACACAUCCCUUAAUUUGCACUAUUUCUAAGUCUCAUAUAACACGGUUUCGAUGCAACAAGAUACAUGUUCACAUGAUUUUUACUAUGUACAUGAUUAAUUAGCGUAGAAAAUAAGCUAAAAAGUGACUUUUAAAAAACAAAUAUAACACAGUUUUCAUACUACACGGAAACAAAUUUACCUUGUUAUACGAGGGACGCCUGCACAUGGAGAUACAGGACUUUAAACGUCAAUUUCUCAUUUUGAACUCGACUGCAGGUACGACUUUUAUGCAUAGCACGGCAGAAAAAAUAGUACAUUUUAAGAAAGUGACGAAUUUUCAAAGUUAAGUGAAAUAGCUUCAUAAGGGUUGCCAACAUACAUAUUCCUGAUGAUUAAUAAAAAAUUCCAACUAUGACUAAAAAGCUCAGUAGCAUUACAUGAAAAAAAAAAGUAUAUAGGUUGCUACGUUAUCCUUUUUUUGACUUGUUGCACUUAUUAACCCUCUCUCUUGUGUGUAGAGAGCACAUUAGAAGGAACAAACAUAUAUCAUUAAAACUUUUUUUAAAGAAAAAUCAUAUUUCAAAGUUUAAAAUAAAAAUCAUGCAUUUACUAUUUUCAUUCUUUUAUGUUACAGAAAAAUUUCAUGGUAUUAAUGCAACAUACCACCAUUGUUUGAAACAAGAUAAAUUAAAGAACCAAUUUUCGUCAAGUUUUUCUUCUUCUUUUUUAUAUUUUUUAUUAUUUUAAUAAGGCCAAAGAUUUUGUUUGCAUUUCUCUUUGAGGCCCUUUCAUUUGCAUUUUUUUUAAAAUCUUGUUUUGUAGCAUUGCUAUUCAUGUAUAACAGAGAAAAGUUUGUACUUGCAUGUGUUAUGUGAUUUUAUUUCCCCUUAAAAUAUAUUAUUUUAUUUAUUUAUUUAUUUAUAUUUCCUUUAAAUUUAAGUAGCAGUAUUUGUUUAUCAAUUUCUAUUAUUAUAUCAAUUUCGUUAAUUAAUAAAUAUUUUAUUUAAUUCUAAUUUUGUUGAAAUUCUUUAAUGCUACUUGUGCUCAUCAUUUUUAGUUUAUUAUAUUGUGGCUGUAAUGGUAAGCAGUUAACAAUGGUUGCCCAUUGGCUUCAUGGUAGCACUUCCACACUGCAGACCCGGGUUUGAUUCCCUGGUUGAAUGCAGUCGACUCAGACUUUCAUGUCUUCACCGAAUUGAUGAAAUGAGUACCAAACCUGUUUGGGUACUAAACCUGGAGUAAUUCCACAUUUGGCUGACUACCUAAAAUGGAACAUCUGCUGUGCACCUCAUGGACCUUGGUCAUGAAAACUGAGAUGUAGACCUUGGCCCCCAUGGAUUGUUGGAUCACUGAGUUAAUUUUAGUUAAUAAAAUGAGGGAGAGUA